UUUUUUUUUUCUUUCUUUUUUUCUUUUUUUCUUUUCUCUUAUCUAUUAAAUUACAUACAACAAAAAGCCAUGGGUGCCAACGCGUCAAAGAGUGUAGGAAAGUCAUCGAAAUCAGGUCGUAUCCAACAACAAAAGAUUGAAGAUUUAGUAGACUUGGGUGCAGUUUUACCGAAUGGAUUAUAUACAACCACUACACAACAAGACUAUGACCCCAAAGUCACAAGAAGCUUAAUUAUAGCACGCAAGAUAGCACCAUUCUACAAGGGUUUAGAGGAUGCACCAGAAACAGUAACAUUGUCUCCACUAACAACACCCACUCGAAAGACACUCUCACCUCCUCCUUUACCACAGUCCUCUUCCUCUUUGUCUACCAUCUCCAUUGACUCACCCAAAAGAAUCACACGACCUCGUAGCGCUUCCUCUUCCAGUCGUCAUGUCGACCCUGUAGCUGACAAGAAGAAGCUAUUUGUCGAAAAAAUGAAGCAGCGAGAAAAAAUGUUGUAUAACGAUGCUGUCGAAUGUCCCAUUUGCUUCCUGUAUUAUCCCGCCAAUAUCAAUUACUCUCGUUGCUGUGAUCAGCCCAUUUGCACCGAAUGCUUCGUUCAGAUUCAUAGACCCUUGGAAACCCCAUUGUUACCAGCAACAUGUCCAUUUUGUAUGCAAGAGAAUUAUGGUGUCCUCUACGAACCACCCACCUGGAGUGAGAAAUUCCAGGCUCGCUCAAGAAGUGGAUCCCAUAGUACUAUGACAGGUACUCGACAUACGACCUCGGGUGUAAGUGAAGAUGGUCCAAGACGAGAAAGUGUAUCUCACAAAAACCCUGAUGUCGUACUCAUUGGUAAUUUUUUUUUUUUUUUUUUUUUGUGUGUGAAAUAGAAAAAGGGCUAAUCUUUACAAUAUACAACUCCGCACAUAAAAUAUUCGACACUUCCGUUUUGAGCCAAAAAAAUAAAUAAACCUACUCUUUCU